CCCCUCCACACGUCCCCCCGCCCACCCCUUCCUUUACUGUUCCUCCUCCUCCUCCUCCUCUUCCUUUUCUUCUUCUUCUUCUUCUUCCUCCUUUAUGUUUGGUGCCUAGCUCCAUUCACUGCAGAACCUAGUCUCCUGCAGCUUUCGGCUGGAUUGGGAAUAAAGCAACAAGCAAUAGAUUAACUGGAAGGGUCUGGUAAAUGAUCUCUCUAAUUCUGAGGGCACUCGUUGAGACAAAGCUUGUUAAAUAUGUUAACAUCUUCACAAUGUAUCAAAAAUAAGUUUGAGUUGAAGCCCUUCAAAACUCUUCUGUUGCAGUCGGACUCCUUACCAUCACGGCCGCCCACCUUCCGGCCCGCUUACUCUGUUGCUGCAUGCCGAGAUGCCAGAAUGAGGUGGUCAGGUUUGAUGGGUGUUAUUUCAUCAUUGAGGCUGAGUAGGAGGAGGAGCCUCUCUACUCAAAGAGAGGAUUUGCCCUUUCCUCAUGGAGAUAAGCUCGACUUCAUGACCGCUGCCAAGAUACUUUUCACAACUCCUCCAAAUCCCAAAAAAUUUGGGAUUGAUUUCCAUUUGGUACAAUUCUUCUUUGCAUGCAUGCCUUCCUUAGCUGUAUACCUGGUAGCACAAUAUGCACGUCAUGACAUCCGAAAGAGAGAAGCGGAAUUGGAGAUGAAGAAAAAGACUGAGGAAGAAACAAAAGAAAAAAAUCUAGAUUCAGACUCUGCAGAUGCAGGGCAAGAUCCAGAUCUCGUUCAGGUAAAGAAGAGAUUGGAUGCUUUAGAGGAGUCUGUGAAAGAAAUCGUGGACAAAACCAGAACACUUCCACAGAAGGGUGAGGAUCAGUCCUCCAGCAAGCUGGACACUGUUUCUCCUCCUGACAGAAACAACAAAAGCAGCUCAGCUGCUGCUAAUUCACAAACUGGCUCUUCCACUGAAUCGAAAGUUAGUGUCUCAACAUCAGGCCCGGCUCAGGAGUCGGUGGUUAAAUCUCCUCCUGUUAUUUCAGUUGACAAGGACGAGCAAAGAGGGAAGAGUGGUGAUAAGAAUGAGAAGUGCUAGGAUCGUCAAACACGAUCAUCAUGGAUGAAAAGCAUUUCUUCUAGGACAGUGAGAAAAAAGAUGGAACUGCACAGCGACAACAGUUUUUCAAGGGAAUCAACGCAAUGUAGAGCCUGUGAAUGUUCAAAAGUGUAAUUCAGGGUGCAUUUGUUCUGCAACAUUACUGUUCUGGUAAAAGGGCGGAUAUAGCUGCCUAUUCUGUUUUAUUUAAAUUUCGGACACUAAGGAUAAUGCUAAGUUGAAGCCGUUUCUUAUCCAUCUAGAAUGUAUAUUUACUGAACUUACUUUCGAUGUUAAUGCAGCACAGAAGUUCUCAA